GACCUGCCAAACUCCCAUCCGCUGAGCCUGCGCCUGAGACUGUCGACUGAGAAUUAAAAAUCAAGAGCUGCUCUUUGCCUUUGGUGAGAUAGAGGACGCAUGUUGUAGGAGAUACUACGAUCGAUGAACAGGCACUCAACUCAAGCCUACAGCAUCGUGGACUUAAAGUAAAACCACCAUGAAGUUGUCAAUACUCUGUGCCAGUUUGUUGUACCUCAUAUCGACCAUCCCUUUGAGUCUUUGUGCGACAAGAUAUCAACCUAACUGGGAUUCCAUCGACUCGAGACCAAUACCAGCAUGGUACGAUGAGGCAAAGUUUGGGAUCUUCAUGCAUUGGGGGGUGUACUCUGUUCCAAGCUUCUUCAGCGAAUGGUUUUGGUACCGAUGGAAGGGGGACAAACCAUAUUCCCUGGUGAUAGACUUCAUGAAGAAGAAUUACCGACCCGGUUUCACCUACGCAGAUUUUGCCAGAGACUUCACGACCGAGUUCUUUGAUCCUGCUCAGUGGGCAGAUAUCAUCAAGGCUUCUGGGGCAAAGUAUUGUGUUCUGACGAGCAAGCAUCACGAGGGAUUUACUAACUGGCCUUCAAAUUCUUCCUGGAACUGGAACUCUAUGGAUGUAGGACCAAAACGAGAUCUUGUUGGGGAACUUGCAGCCGGUAUUCGCAACAAUACGAACGUCCACUUUGGCCUGUAUUACUCCCUCUUUGAGUGGUUCAAUCCCCUGUUUCUCAAAGACAAAGCCAAUGGCUUCACUACUACAGAAUACAGAGAUAGAGUUCAAAGCCCAGACCUCUAUGACCUAGUGAAUCGGUACAAGCCAGAGGUCAUAUGGACAGACGGGUCCGGAACAGCUAACAGUGAUUACUGGAAGAGCACGGAAUUCCUUGCUUGGCUAUACAAUGACAGUCCAGUGAAGGACACCGUAGUGGUUAAUGAUCGUUGGGGUGAUGAUUGUCCGUGCAAGCAUGGAGGCUACUACACUUGCCAUGAUCGUUAUGAUCCAGGUGUACUUCAGAAACACAAAUUUGAAGAUGCCAUGAGUGUGACCAAAGGAGGGUGGGGUUACGCACGAGAGAAGCCCCUCCGGAGCUACCUGACUGCACCAGAGCUUCUAGUACACUUGAUACGAGUCGUCAGUUGCGGAGGAAACCUACUGCUCAACAUUGGUCCGACCCAUGAUGGUCGGAUCAUGCCAAUCUUUGAGGAGCGGCUUCGUCAGAUUGGAUCGUGGCUGAAGGUCAAUGGUGAGGGCAUCUACUCAUCAAGGCCAUGGAGAAAACAAAAUGAUACUGUUACUCCUAAUGUUUGGUACACCACAAGUCCCAAGAAUAAAGCAGUGUAUGCUUUCCUUCUGGAGUGGCCGGUGAAUAAUCUUGUCUACCUGAGGGAUCCAGUCGUGACCUCUACCACCACUGUUUCCAUGUUGGGUCACGAUGCGCCCCUGAAAUGGACGGUAGGAAACCAUGGGAGGGGGAUGAAUGUUACCCUUCCGCUCCUCAAUCCAGCCACGAUGCCCUGUGACUGGGCGUGGACAUUGAAAUUAGUGGGAGUGGAGUGAGUUUGUACCCCUUACAUUGGACAGAGGGUACUGGUAGGAGAGAGAGAUGAAUGUUAGUCCUCACUCCUUUCAUGAUGCAUCGAGACUAGGAUUGGACAUUGAAAGAAGGAGGAGAGUGGUCUUGUACCCCUUAAAGCUAAAUGAACGUAGUUGCAGUAAAACACUGAUUUCGUGAGAAAGUCUGUAAAACAAAGGUAAAGUAUUGAUAUAUCAUCGUGGAUCUAGAUCUGGUACAGUUACAUAAACUGAACUUUGUGAAAUCAUAAUAUCUAGCUAAAAACGAUCACAGUGAAGAUCGCCAACACAGAUAGCCACACGUGGGACAGUGUAUUAUUGCUGGAAUAAAGACCAGACGGAAGUGACCGAAUCCGCACUUAUUUUGCUUAUUUCUCAGCAAUUACACAAUUUUUUCCAGAAUCCUUUGGCACAUAUUUUUUAUUCAUACAAACAGACACUUUGGUGAUCAUUAUAUUAAAUUCUGUAAAAAGUCAUUUUGAGAUCGUUCCCACAACUGGAAUUUAUCUUUAAAUUGGACAGUAGGAACUGGUAGGAGGGGGAUGAAUGUUCCCCUCCUGCUCCUCACUCCUGCCAUGAUGCCCAAUGGCUGGGGGUGGUCAUUGAAAUCAGGAGUCGAGUGAUGUUUGGACUCUUAUGUCUCCAUUCUUCAUACUCUGCCUCGUAGAGAACUGCCUUCAUUUCGUCAACUAAUGCUCUAACCCUUUCACUCUUUUUCACAGUUCCUUGCACUAAUCAUGAUGCUAACAAAUAAUGAUUAUACUAGCUAUUAUUUGACAUUAAUAUCUGUUUUAAUAGGUGACACAACAUUUGCUCCGGUCUUAAUAUCUCAGGGGGCAUAGGGUUAGUUAGGAUUGUAAUAGUUUUUCGUUCGGAAUAAUGUAAAGAUAAUGAUUAGGGUUUAUUUAGUUAUGGAGGUUGGGUUUUAUGUUUGGCCCAACAUGCAGAUCUUCCAUCGGAGCAAAUGUCAUGGAACCGUUUUAAUAAGGUUGUACAUGUGGGAAACUAUUCCAGUGUAUUUUGUUCCGUUAUCAGUGUUAUAAAAUUGUAAUUGUCAGUAUAAUAAAAAAAUGAAUUGAUCAGUAUUAUAAAAAGAUUGUCAGUAUGAUAAAAAAGUACUUCUAAUUUAAAUCAGCCGAGUCAUUUAUUUUUGACAAAAAGUUAAUUAUUCCUACUACAUAAAGAAAACUAUUCUAAGGUAUUUUUAUUUUAUUUUCAGUAUUUAAAAAAAUAUGAUGGAAAUCAGCUGAAAGGAUAAGUUAAUUUUCGCAUCUGCAUACCGUGUAAUACUUUCUUUCUCAAGUAAUGUAAAAUAAGAUGAAUAAACUGCCAUUUUUAUAAAGGAGCAUUGUGGCCCAGUGGAAUAGUCUCCAGACUUUGAAAUGACAGGUCAUGGGUAUAAAACCCAGCCAUGAUGUUAUUUCCUUCAGCAAGAAAUUGAUCCAUGUUGUGCUGCACUCAACCCAGGUGAGGUAGAUGGGUAUCUGCCAGGAAUUAAUGCCUUGAAAAUCUAUAAAAGGCUUGCCGGGUUAAAGCCAGUGUAAUAAUAUCCAAGAAAGCACAUAGAGAAGUUAGGAGUAAUGUGAUAUGUAUACGCUAUGCAAGAAAAUGAAUAUUACUACAUGCAUUGUCAUUAUUAUGAAACAGUCCAGUUCUUUUGCAACAACUUUUUUUUAUGGAUUGAGAAGUAUGUUACCUACAUUGGGAGCUGCUCUCAUAUGUAGUUCUCUAAAUUUUGUUGUCAUUUUCAUACAUUACUUGCCUAGUACAUGUACUUACUUUACUUUAAUGCCUUGAUGCUAUGUAUAUGUGUGCCUGUUCUUAGAUAGCAGUACAUCAUCCAAGACAGAAAUUCAAAUAGAUUGAAAGUAUGACUUUGGGGAGAACAAAAAAUAUGCAAUAUAUUUUUAAAGAUAUAAGUAAGCUAGCAAUUUCAUUGCAAAGAGGCUGAAAAAUUAAGAGAAAUCAUGAAUUGUCAAAAUCUUCUGCCAGUGUUCAAGUAAGAAGUGAUACAUACAAGAUAUACAUGAAGUCGUAUAUUACAAUUAUUAUAACUUUGAAUUUGGUUUUGGUGUAUAUUUAUAUGUAGUUCAAUACCCCUCCCCCUCUCAUCUUGUCAUUUUGCUCACAUAUGUUCCUUAGUAAAAAAUACAUUUUUUGAAGGGGGAGGGGGUCGAUAAUUUAAUAAUGACCAAUAGUUCAACAAACCUGUAUCAGGUCUUGGAUUAAUCUUGGAUUUGCUUUGCAAAAGCAUCUCUAAAAAAAGAGAAGUUUUAAAAGGUUUGUUUUCUCUAAAAAGUAAUAUUAUCUUCUUGCCAGUCAACUUGCUGCACCACAAGAUUACAGAAUGAUUAUUUUGUUCUUCAUAACGAUUUGUACAAUGCCUAUUUAGCUUGUUGUACGCGAGCAAAUGGGAGGUUGAAUGUCAAACAUUCGUACCGUUGCACACAUACCGUUCAAUAUGUACCGUUUCACGGUCGGGAACAAGGUGACGUCACAAUAAAAAUUAGGAUUCAAUGCACUGCGCUUUGUAAGCUAUGCAGGUGCAAUACACGCGUGGGCUUCCUAGCUAAAUGGGCAUUGCUGCUGCAUAUCCGAUGCAUGUUUGUGGGAUUUUGCUUUUUGUGCUUUCAAUAAUUUUCUCUCAUUUUCAUAAGGAAUGAUCUAUUCUUAUUUUUGCUAACUUCAAAGGCGUCGUACAACACAAAUAGCGAAUAUUCUUAAUCCUGCAAUGGUGCGACAUUUUGCAUUCAGUGGAAGAAAGAAACACUGUAUUCAACUUGGCUAUGCCUUGUUGAAUAAAGCAUCUUUAUUUCACCUUAUCCUAAAUCUCGCACCAUCACACUCAUGCCUAUUCGCUAUUCGUUUAUUGUUUGAAUAUGAAUCUCCAUUUCAGAAUGGACCAGAGUCAGAACAAGUCAUGAUCAUUAAUCUUUCUCACUAAUGCAAAAGAAAAUAUGUAUAUUUAAGAUUACGUAUGAAGUAGUUGUAUAGGUCAAAUAAUGAGCCAAGUUGAAUCAAAUUUUUAGACCAUAAAGCUGUUAUUAAGUUUCAAGCAAUUUGAUGAACGACUUGCGAUCCUUUCUUGGGAACUAAAUCAGCAUCUAUGCAAGUAUGUUGUAAAUCUUUUACCACAAGAAAGGAUCACCAGUUGUCGUUUGUAAAGUUGCUCGUAACUUACAAACGGGCAACAGCUUCAUGAAACACACACCUGGGCCCCAUCUUACAAAGAAUUACAGUUGAUCCGAUCAAUCUCAACUAUAUGGAAAUCCAUCAACGUCAUAAUUUUUUCUACAGGAAAUUCGCACAAUGUCCUUUGUUUACAAAGGAGAACACACCAAAUUGUCAAAAAAUCAAAGAAUUUAUGGAUAUACAUUCAUAUCUAGAAAAAAAUUUGAACUAAACAUAUCUAGACAUUUUUUUGAACAAACAUGCAUUUUAUAUGUUGACUUUGCUGGCUUUCCAUAGUUGCGAUUGAUCGGAUCAAUAGCAUCUCUUUGUAAGAUGGGCCCCAUCAAAGAGUUACAGUUGAUCCGAUCAAUCUCAACUAUAUGGAAAUCCAUCAAAGUCAUAAUUUUUUCUACAGGAAAUUUGCACAAUGUCCUUGUACACAAAGAGAAGCACACUGAAUUUUUCAAGAAAGCAAUGAAUGUAUGAAUAUGCAGCAUAUUAAGAAAAUAUUUUGAACAAACAUACAGUUUAGAUGUUGACAUGUCUGGCUUUCCAUAUUUGUGCUUGAUCAGAUCAACCGCAACUCUUUGAAAGACGAGGCCAUUGCAGAAAGAGUUGUCCUAAAUACACACACAUGAUUAGCUCAGAUUCCUCAGAACCAAGUUGUGUUUGAUUUCUUGACUUUGGUUCGAUUGCAACCCUUUCUGCAACAGGCCUUAUAACAUGCAAAGCUUUCAUUAUUCCAAAGAAAUAUUUCACUUAAAUUGAUUCAACUGUAUGUCCAUGUACAGUUGUGCUCAAAGUUAGUGAACCCCUUCAUGACAUGCACUCCUUCACGCCCAGUGUUGAAUGUUGACAACACAACAAUGCUUGGCGAGCCAAGAGAAACAAACUUUCCUGAAUGUAAUAUUUCAUCACCUGAUCUUUACAAUUACUAAUCUAAAACAUGGCAAAAAUUUAAAUGUUCAUUUUCUUGUGGGGUUCACUAAUUUUUUUUUAGCACCAAUAUAUAUGCAUACAUGUAAUUAUGUGAACUAUGAACAAUAAUUUUGGAGGUAACUACAUGUAUAUGGUUGAAAACAGAAUUAUAUUUGUAUAUUUCUUUAAAUAAAACAUUAAUAACAAAAGUUA